CUCUGGCCUGGGCGUCGGAAUUGGGUCCCGCGACCUUCCCGCCGCCCUCCCUCAUGCUGUUUGACACGAAUUCUUCGCGCCGAGCUCGCCAGAUCUGUUUCUGCGGACAGAUUCCCUAACUUGUCUCAUGUGGAUCAUGCUCUUAUGGGUCGCACUCCAAAACCUUUGAGCCUCCCACUCAAGUUGGCAGUAUUCGCCCCUCUUUCUGAGGUCUCUCCUCUCCCUUUCGCCGUCUACUAUGCGCACACUCUAUCUCGCUGUACUUAUACAGCCUAUCCUCUCCCAGCAAAUCUGGGACGUUUGGCAAACGACGUGGGACCAGUCUAAACUGUUUUCCUCGCUGGCUCCCUCGCAGCCUAUCAAUUUCGCCAACGUCACCAUCCGGAGCGCAGCGCAGAUCGCGGUUGACGAUACCGCGACAUAUCAGAGCGUGUGGGGUGUUGGAGGCUCGCUCACGGACUCUUCGGCGUUGGUACUGUCUAAUCUCAAGGUCCAGAACCCAGCAAACUACCGCGCUCUGCUGAACUACGUGUUCUCGCCGACCGAUGGAGCGAACUCUGCUGGACUGAGCUAUAUCCGUGUGCCACUAGGCGCGUCCGAUUUCUCAGCGAAACGUAGGGCUGCGAUGUCCCACCACAUUCUCAAUCUCACGUGGCUUUCAGUAUGGAGCUUCGACGAUGCGGCUGGAGAUACCUCGCUGAACUCCUUCAGCGCCAGCAGAGCGCCCUCUUAUCUGUAUUCGGUCAUCCGCGACAUACAGGCUGUCAAUCCACUUCUUAAAGUGCACCUCGUACCAUGGUCUCCGCCCGGCUGGAUGAAGACAAGCGGCACCAUGAACGGUGGAUCGUUGCAAUACCAAUACAUCUCCACCUACGCCAAGUAUCUGCUCAAGUGCCUGCAAGCGUUUGAAGCACAGGGCGUUACAUCUCUUUACGCGAUAUCCGUCCAGAACGAGCCUCAAAACUCCCAGUCAUCUUAUCCGACCACGGCGAUGAGCGUCACUGUGCAUGCUCAGAUUGGAAUCGCACUGCGGACGCUGAUGAACAACAACGGUUUCGCGCAAGUCAAGUUGAUCGGCUAUGAACACAACUGGGACUCGGCUGGGUCGUACCCUAUCCAGCUCAUGAAGGCCGCUCCACAUGCGUUUGAUGGCGUCGCGUUCCACUGUUAUGCGGGCACUGUUGGCCAGCAAGACACAUUCCAUGCUGCAUAUCCAGCCAAGGAGAUCUAUUUCACCGAAUGUGCGGGGACCAUCGGGAGUGAUUGGUGGAGCGAUGUGAAGUGGUACAUGGACAACAUCUUCUUGGGAGCCAUCACACACAACGCGCAUUCGGCGCUGAUGUGGAACAUCGCGCUCGACGAUGGGCUGCCCAAGUUGCCGGGCACGACGAGCUGUGGCGGCCCCGGCUGCCGAUCGAUCGUGCAGGUGAACUCGGACGGGACGUACAGUUUCAACCAGGAGUUCUACGCCAUGGCCCAGCUGUCCAAGGCCAUUCUGCCAAAGGAUGUCAAUGGUCCGUGGGCCAAGCGAAUAGGCGUCACCGUCGGGGGAGACCAGGGCUGGGCGCUUGUCGUCAAUGCUUUUGUGACUGGCCGGGCCGGGCCGGGUGAUUGGCUGCGGUACUCUCUGGUGGUGAUGAACUGCAACGACAACUCCGAUGGAUGGAAUCCGACGCCGGUGAAGACGGCGAUCGAGUUCCGGGGCAUGCAGGCUACUUUCACCUUUCCUGUUGGGGUCACCACCUUGUGGUGGUAUGCGCCUCCUGGCGGCGCGGGCUACAAUGCGACCGAGAUCGUCGCAGAGAGCGAUGAUGGGCAGCAGCGCGUAUUUUCCUAGAUUUUGAUGUUUGGGCUGUGGGCGCACUCUAGGGGUUUAACAUCCUACAUGUGUGUGAUGUCAUCACUCGGAGGACUUCCGGGCCGGCAACUAAAUUUACAAGCACG